GCUUCAUCUUGACUCAUGCAUGGAUCUUUGAUUUUUUUCCCCCCAUAAUGCACAGCGCUUCCUAUCUCCUUCCUCUUUCCGCCAUAUUGCAAAACCGGCAUCAUGGUGCGCAUGAACGUUCUUGCAGAUGCUCUGAAAAGCAUCAACAAUGCAGAGAAGCGUGGGAAACGCCAGGUCCUCAUCAGGCCGUGCUCCAAGGUUAUAGUGCGCUUCCUAACCGUCAUGAUGAAGCACGGUUACAUUGGUGAGUUUGAGAUCAUCGACGACCAUAGAGCUGGAAAAAUUGUCGUCAAUCUCACAGGCAGGCUGAACAAGUGUGGCGUGAUCAGCCCACGUUUUGAUCUUCAGCUCAAGGAUCUGGAGAAGUGGCAGAACAACCUGCUGCCCUCAAGACAGUUUGGGUACAUUGUGCUGACCACCUCAGCCGGCAUCAUGGACCACGAAGAGGCCAGACGGAAACACACAGGAGGCAAAAUCCUUGGAUUCUUUUUCUAAGAUGUAAAGAACUGCAAAUAAAAACAACCAGAAAAAGCU